CGCAGCUUGUUCAAACGCUCCCGAUGCCAGCAAGUCCCUGGUCCUGGCCCCGGCGCUACAGAUGAUAAAACUAACCCCAGGCGUGUGGUACUGGAAUGAUGAUACUAACAGACUCGAAUUUGCAAGCUUCAACCCAGAAGCUAAGGAACGCCUUAAGGAAGGAAAAGAUCACCCUCAGGAAAUGGGAUGCGAGGCAUUAAACAGCAUCUUUCAAGAUGUAUGCACUGCAUUGUUCACUGGAAGAAGGCUGGCUGAACAAGAAGGAAAAUCUCGUAGGCUGUCAAAGCGAGUACAACACGAAUAUGUGACAUUGGAUGAUGUCAAAUAUGCUGCUUUACGUUUGAGACAAAAAAGUGAGGCACAUCGCAUGCUAUCGCUUAAAGCAGCUAUGAGGAAUAAGAGGCUAGACGCAUUCCUCAUGGCCCUGAUUUUAUACUUAUCUUUUUACUUGGAAAAAAUUACCCUGGAAAAGACACCCAAAACUCCAGUUUCGACCACCGUUUUGUCAGAGAAGAAAGAAAAAGAAUACGUCCUGGCAAAGUUAGAAGUGGCCAGGAUUCACCUAGCCAAGGUGUACUGUGACCUUAUCCUCGGAGAAGGCAUGGCAGAGCACCACCACAUGUCUUGUGGAAAGAGAAAAACAUCAUCAUCACAGAAAGAUCGGGACUUCUUUGAGAGCUUCUACAACUACUGCAACUAUGUGGCUUGGCUUGUGUUCAGACGGAAGCACUUCCGGGUGAUACAGGAAGAAAUCAGCAGACUUCUUCGCUCUGACAUAUUUAAUCCUAUCUUAAGAAAGAAGAACCAUGCUGACUUGCAGAAAGCAGGACACCAGACUGCUGAUGCAAAGAAAGCGAGAUUCCCAUGUCACAGAAACGGCUGUGCCAAGCGUCCAUCUAUAAAUACUGUGGCUCAGCAGCGCUCACCAAUGCUCAGCACGCUGCUGCCCUUACCAAAGGACAGUGCUCAGCACCUCUUCCAGAAGCAGUUCUACCGUCAGGGCAAAACCCCUCAACCUUGCAAGAAUAAAGACUUGCCAGAGUUCUCAGAAUUGUUCACUACCAAGGUGGGCAUCAUUGGAGCUCAUUGUAGUGAGUUAAAUCCCAUGAUGGUCAUGCCCAUGGGGAUGAUGGAGGAGGAAGAGGAAGAGCAAGGACAAAAAAGGAGUGAUUCCUCCAUCCCUUCAAAUGACGUGAGCUUGUUAACUCUGAGAAGCCCCCAAAGCAGACUUAGUAAUCAGAGCAGUGUCCUCUCAAGAGCAACGACAGAAGUGGACUGUAGUUAGAGCAUCUAACAGAAGUGUUAUCUUCUUGUGUUGGGUGCCAUGGUUUCGCGUUGCUAAGUAAACCACUUUGAAUCUGCAGCUUAAAAAGCCUGAAUCGCCUGAAUCAUCUGUCAGGGGUGGGGAAAUUUAGCAUCCAAGGUUCUG